AUGCAUAAAUUAUGUGUGUUUAUACAUCAAUAUUUUCUUUCUCUAUUUGCGCACGUAUCAAUCUUGCUUUUUAUAGUAUGGAGCAAAAAUUAUUCGACGUUGUUCUUAUUAUACUAUUUUAGCUGCUUUGAAUCUACUUCUGAGAAUCGUAACUAUUUUUUGUUUCGUUGGACUAAAGUGUCUAUAGGCAUUCUAGUUGUUAGUUCGCUGCAGUUCAUGUUGUUCGUAUUAUUUAGUGGUAGUGCCUCUUUAAUGUAUGUAUUGUGUCUGAAUUUUUUUCGGACUAAAUGUAUUUGUGAUCAGAAUAAUAGGCAUUUGACAUUUUAUGAAACGUGAGGAAGUUAUAGUUUUAGAAUACACU